GUCUGCGGAUGUUACGGCACUAACGCUAGUGAACCGAAGGAAUAAACAAACAUGUCGGUCUUUUAAAUGUACUUUUUUAUGAAUUAGUCUCUUCAGUCUCUCUUUUUCCCCUAAUAAGUAAUAUUUAUUUAACUUACUUUAACUGUUUAGGAUAACUUACGGUAACAGUUUCUCCUCUAGACACCAGCUAGUUGUUUCAGACGGCGGAUUAAAACAUGGCGUGAAGAGGGGUCCAAGGCAUCGCAAUUAACUUUAUUUUACCCCUGAGCCGAAUAAAGCGAGCGUCACGCAAGUGCGUCUGAUACCGCUCUAGGUGUCUAGGGCACUUUUGUUAAUUGUGGUCAUUGCACACUAAAUAAGCCCUUCAUCAUCAUGGCCUGGGCACUGAAACUGCCCCUCGCUGAUGAGGUGAUCGAGUCUGGGCUGGUGCAGGAUUUUGAUGCCAGUCUGUCUGGAAUUGGCCAGGAGCUUGGAGCUGGAGCCUACAGUAUGAGUGAUGUGCUGGCACUUCCCAUUUUUAAGCAGGAAGAGUCCAAUCUACCACCUGACAAUGAAAACAAGAUUCUUCCCUUCCAGUAUGUUCUUUGUGCUGCCACAUCACCAGCUGUCAAACUACAUGAUGAGACACUCACCUACCUCAACCAAGGGCAGUCUUAUGAAAUUCGAAUGCUGGACAAUCGGAAAAUGGGUGAGCUUCCAGAGAUCACAGGCAAAAUGGUCAAGAGCAUAAUUCGUGUGGUUUUUCAUGACCGACGACUGCAGUACACUGAGCACCAACAGCUAGAAGGUUGGCGCUGGAACAGACCAGGUGAUCGAAUCCUGGACCUUGAUAUUCCCAUGUCUGUUGGGAUUGUGGAUCCCAGGGCAAACCCUACACAGCUUAACACAGUGGAGUUCCUAUGGGAUCCAUCAAAGCGAACUUCAGUGUUUAUCCAGGUUCAUUGCAUCAGCACAGAGUUCACAAUGCGUAAGCAUGGUGGUGAGAAGGGGGUCCCAUUUCGCAUCCAAAUUGACACAUUCAAAGAGAAUGAAGCAGGAGAGUACACGGAGCAUCUGCACUCUGCCAGCUGCCAAAUCAAAGUCUUUAAACCCAAAGGUGCUGACAGAAAGCAGAAGACUGACAGAGAAAAGAUGGAGAAAAGGGCUCCACAAGAAAAGGAGAAAUACCAGCCAUCAUAUGAAACCACUAUCCUUACUGAGUGCUCACCAUGGCCUGAGGCCACAUAUGUCAGCAACUCUCCAUCACCGAGCUUUAGCACCCCCCACAACAGCUUCCCUACUGAAGGGAAUGGCUCACCGAAUCACCAGCCAGAGCCAGUGGUACAGGUAGCAGAUAAUCUAAUACCCACUGCAACACCUCAAGAGGCACAGCAGUGGCUCCAUAGAAACCGCUUUUCACCCUUCUGUCGUCUCUUCACAAACUUCUCAGGGGCAGACCUGCUUAAACUAACUAGAGAAGACGUCAUUCAGAUCUGUGGACCAGCCGAUGGUAUACGACUGUUCAACUCCCUGAAAGGAAGGGUGGUUCGCCCAAGACUCACUAUCUAUGUGUGCCAGGAGUCUCAGCAAGCACGAGAUCAACAGCAAAAACAUGAGAACGGAGAUGGUGCUAGCAAUACAUUUUUUGUGUACCAUGCUAUUUACCUGGAGGAUCUAACAGCUGUCGAGCUGACUGAGAAAUUGGCUCAGCUUUUCAACAUCUCUCCACGCCAGAUCAGUCAGAUCUUCAAGCAGGGACCCACAGGCAUUCAUGUUCUUGUCAGCGAUGAGAUGAUUCAGAACUUUCAGGACGAGAUGUGUUUUGUGUUGGACACAAUGAAAGCUGAGACGAAUGACGGCUAUCACAUCAUCUUGAAGUGAGAAUGCACAUAGGGCGGAGAAGUUGGCACCCAUUUUCCAGCAGAUUAAUCUUAAAUGGUAUGGUUCCACACAGUCCCUGCCUUCACCCUUCCGGGAAUUUAUGAUUAUGAUUGUUUUUUUGUUUUUUUACAAUUGUAUUGUUCAGGCAAUAGAGGCCACUGUGGUAAAGUGGAACUGCAUCUAGCCAGUUAUAAUACCUUACUGUUUUAUUCUCCAUUGAGUGUCUGUACUGCCAGUACUAUUGGACAGCUGAUUUUAUUCAUUUGCAUUUUAUUGCUUAAGUUAUCCUUUCUUUAAAAGAAUCUCUUUUUUUAAUGUCUAUACAUCUAAGCACUGGUGUGCCAGAGCCUGCUGCCUAAGAAUGACUAAAUAGGUAGAAUAGCAUUAGCAGACAUGGUCCAUCAACUCGUUUGCAUCCCCUGCCAACCUUCCACCAUUUAUUAAUAUUUCAAGUUAUUAUCUACCAUGCAAGGCAAAAAUCAUAGUAAAAGUGUAAUCAAUAAUUAGACCUGAUGGGGCCCCUAUAUUGAUACCUCACUGAAACAGUUGUUUCAAAAUUGUUGCAUGGUUAGCUUAUAUUAGCAAAAUAAAUUCUUUCAGUAAUUUCCCCUGGCUUGUAGCACUGCUGCAUGACUUUUAGGUACUGUUCUUUAGCUUAUUUAAACAAGUGUUUUCUACAAAGUAACACAUACUUUCUUGGUGCUUAUUGUAUUUCAAUUCUAAAAUUUUAAUUCAUUUGCUGAUUCACAACAGUCAAAUAAAUGGUUACACUACAUUUACUUGUUAAAUGUUUCACUAUACUGUGCAGACACUGGGCUUAAAUGGCAACACCAGUUCUUUACAUCCUUCAGAUUUUUUUUUUUUCUUAUCUUUUAAUACAGGCUUAUUCAUUAGAACAAGUUAUUACAGAGAUAUAUUCAGACGAGGUGUUUUUUCUAUCAUGUUUUAUGUAAGUAAACCAAUUUUGUUGUUCAUCCAAAAAAUAUCAUUGUUAGACUUUUUUUUGGGUGCAUUCUAAUAAAUUUUUUUGGUGUGAACAGCAUAUUUCUUAAGUGCUUUUUAAGGUAAAGCGGGAUAGCUAUGUUGGAUAUGUGCAAAACAUCAGUCACUAAAACAAAGAAUCAUCUGUGUUCACUAUUUAUCAUGUCAUUGUAACAAUUAAAACAGGUUACCCAUGAACAUUUUUGCUUGUGUGUCAGCCUUGCUUCAACCAGUUUGCAGCACCUCAUUAAAUAUUAACAGUUUGUACUGAGUA